GGAGAGUGACAGCUCCUUUCCUGUCCCGCCCCCUUCCCUGGGAGUAAAAAGAGGGGGGGUCUUUGUUUGCAGCAGGCCUGCUGGAAGGAGCUGGUGAGAAGGUGGAAAGAGGAGGAUCCGUUUUGGGGGCCCAGGAGAGGGUGACCUCGGAGCGCGGCUGGGAAAUGGAGGAACAAGCCUUGGCUAAGCUGAAAGCAGGAAGACGCCAGAAUGUUAUCCAGGCUGGGAGCAGCGGAGGAUUCUGGGAAAGAACCACCCCAGAGUUCCUGGGUGAGGAGGAUGCCCUCGGCUUGGAUGCUCAAUGUCAACGUUUCAGGCGCUUCUGCUACCAGAAGGCCGAGGGGCCCCGAGAGGUUUGCAGCCGACUCCACCAUCUUUGCCACGAGUGGCUGAAGCCAGAGCGACACACCAAGGCUCAGAUGCUGGACUUGGUGAUCCUGGAGCAGUUUCUGGCUGUCCUCCCCACAGAGAUAGAGAGCUGGGUCAGGGAAUGUGGAGCGGAGACCAGUUCCCAGGCGGUGGCCCUGGCCGAAGGUUUCCUCCUGAGUCGAGCAGAGGAGAAGACGCAGACAGAGCUGCAGGAGCAGGGACCUCUAGCUGAAGUUUCUCUGGGUUUCCGUGGGGCAGAGCAGGCAGCCUCAGCUCCCCGCGAGAGACGGCUCUUCAGGUGGAUCGUGCAAGAGUGUGACCAAGCUGCCAACUCACUAGGCAACAGAGUGACCCCGGCGACCCACACUCCUUGUGGCGGAGUGGAAACGGCGGCCGUGGGGCCUGGUCAGGAACGGGUGUCCUUUGAGGAUGUGGCUGUGUAUUUCACAGAUGAUGAGUGGGCGUUGCUGGAUCCAGCCCAGAGAGCCCUGCAUGUGGAAGUUAUGGAGGAGAAUUGUGGGAACCUGACCUCUCUCAGUGAUGGCUGGGAGUUCGGCGCUCGGAAUGAGGGAGACGCGCCUAGAUUAUUGCUGGAAAGAGCUGCUUGCGAACGGGAACUGGAAGAGCAGAGCAAGGAAACAGAAAGGGAUGAGCAGAUGAAGGAUAUUUCCUCUGCUGCCGUGGGGGGAGCUUUCCGUGAAGCCCCGGUCCUAGAGAAAAGAGAGAAAGGGAAAGAAGGCAGCGAGUGCCCGGUGUGCGGGGAAAGUUUCAGCUGCAAAUCCAGCUUUAACGCUCACUUGAAAACGCACAAAGAGGAGAAACCGUACAAAUGCUUGGAUUGCGGAAAGAGCUUCUCUCAGAGGAAAGGCCUUAUCCGACAUCAGAGAAUCCACACCGGGGAGAAACCCUAUACCUGUCUGGAGUGCGGGAAGAGCUUUCGUCAGAGCGCAGCCCUGAUCACUCACCAGCGUAUCCACACAGGGGAGAAGCCGUACACCUGCUUGGAGUGCGGAAAGAGCUUCUGUCAGAAGACGACGUUGGUGAGGCACCAGCGGAUCCACACAGGGGAGAAGCCAUACGCCUGCUCAGAGUGCGGGAAGAGUUUCAGUCACAGGUCCCAGCUCACCUCCCACCUGAGAGUCCACACUGGGGAGAAACCAUAUAAAUGCCUGGAGUGCGGGAAGAGUUUCAGUCAGAACACAAACCUUACUUUACAUCAGAGAACUCACACGGGGGAGAAGCCGUUCCGGUGCUUAGAGUGCGGAAGGAGCUUCAGUCAUAGCUCGACCCUUAUGGCGCAUCAGAGAACCCACACAGGGGAGAAGCCGUUUACGUGUCUGGAGUGCGGCCAGAGCUUUGCUCAGAACGCAAGCCUUAUCUUCCAUCAGAGAACUCACACGGGGGAGAAGCCAUACGCCUGUCCCGAGUGCGGGAAGAGCUUCAGCACGAGCACCAGCCUCACCUCGCACCGGCGCAUUCACACAGGGGAGAAGCCCUACACCUGCUCCGAGUGCGGGAAGAGCUUUUGUACGAGCACCAACCUUGUUACACAUCAGAGAAUCCACACGGGGGAGAAGCCGUACAAGUGCUCGGAGUGCGGGGAAAACUUUCGCAAGAAAGCGCAUCUCCUUAGACAUCACAUGACACACACGGGGGAGAAGCCGUACAAAUGCGCAGAGUGUGGGAAGAGCUUCAGCGAGAAAAGAAAUCUCAUUUCUCAUCAGAGGAUCCACUCUGAGUGUUGGAACGAGGAUCCUGUAAGCAGUCAUUGGAUUCCUCCCUCUGUAGGUCCGGGAUAUGUCCCCCUUCCCCAAGAUUCCAGUACUUUCCAGAGCCCUCUCAGUCAUAAUUCCAGCCCAGGAGAAAGAUUGGAGUGUUUUAGUUUUUUCCUAAAUGAGGCAGACCGAGGCUGCCUUUCCCAGAGUGGACGGGGAAAGCCACCGGGAGCCUUGGGGGGGAGGCCAUCAUUUCCUCUUCCUCGCCUUUUGUGGCGGAGCAACUGCAGCAGGAGGAGGCGACGCGUCCCGGCAGCUUGGCCUCCCGCGCGCCCUUUUGCAACCAGGCGCCCCUGCGCUCGCGGGAGCAGGAAAAGCCCCCUCAACUCCAGUGGUGAAACAGCUGUGUUGCCUAAACAUGCCCUAAGCCUCUUGUUGGAGCAGUCCAGAGAAUGGGUGGAUAAUCCAUCUGUCCUGCAUACUUUCGUGUAUUUGCGUUCUGGCAUCCCUGAUCAAAUCCAAGACCGCGAGAGGGUGACCCGGGCGGCCGCUGUUCCAGAAUUCAUCAUGAGACACAAAAUGGUCCCGGAGAAAGGACAAACUCAGAACACAGACUUCCGGGACCGGAUCCCCAUGGAGCAGUCAGUGUCCGAAAGCGGGAACCAGCCGGAGGAAAAGCUGCGGCGAACUGGCCCCGAGCCUGGCGAGGCGUCGGAGGGAGCUACCCAAGCGUCUUCAGAACUCAAGGCUGGGAAUGACCGAGGCCCCACGAAGAAGGAAGUCCCAGAGAAGAUGACGAACGAGCCGGGAGAGAGGCGGUUGAAAUACCUGGACCCUCGGGCCGCCUACAAGUCCCGCAACGCGGGGUGGGCAGACCCCGAGCGACUGGAAUCUGAGCCAUGGGAGAACUCCAAGUCUUGCUUGGCCUCCAUGGAAGGAGCAGCUGAGGCCUACCGGAAGUUCAGAGGCCUGCCGGAUCUCAGGAGGGAAAGCAAAGGGGAUUGCAGGACCCCCAAGAUGGAGGACGAGAGGAAGGCGAGGGAGGAUCUCCUCAGAGAAGAUUUGGCCGCUAUGGACGUGCAGAGGACUCUGUUCCGGGAGUUCCGCUACCAGGAGGCCGAAGGUCCCCGCGAGGCCUGUAGUCGCCUCUGGUACCUGUGCCACCGGUGGCUGAAGCCGGAGAGGCACUCCAAGGAGCAGAUCUUGGAGCUGGUGAUCCUGGAGCAGUUCCUGGCCAUCUUGCCCUCGGAGCUUCAGGGCUGGGUCAAAGAUGGCUGCCCUCAGACGUGUGACCAGGCAGUGGCCCUGGCAGAGGACUUUGUGCCCAGGCGGCAAGAAAAUAGGCGUCUGGAGCGGGAGAGGCCGGCGUUAAUCCAGGAGGUAGCUUUGAACUUCCACACGGCUGAGCCGUCCCCAGCUAACCCCAGGGAGAAAGCACUUCGCUCCAAGGUCAAGCAAGAAGGAAGCGGUGACACUGAUUCGGAGGGUGACGACGGGUGGGUGAUCGAGACAGCGCAAGACAAUUCCCCUCUGCAGGAUCCCGAGCCAGCAAAGAUCUGCGGGUCCUCGUGGGACAGGAUCCCUUGGUCCCAAGAGGAUGGAGAAGCUUCUGUUAGUCACGGCGACGACGGCCCGCAAAGGAGCAAGGAGAAACGCCAAGAGCAGAGGGUGUCCAAGAGCGCCCCUUGCGUCGGGGACGGAGGAGGCCAGAGCCAAGCGGUCGUCGUCAAGAGGCGGCGGCGCAGUCGAGGGAAGAAGACGUGCGGCGUGUGUGGGAAGACCUUCAGCCGGAGCACCGUGCUGGCGGCGCACCAGCGGACGCACACGGGCGAGAAGCCGUUCAUGUGCCAGAGCUGCGGGAAGUGCUUCAGCUUCAAGUCGACGCUGGUGGCGCACGAGAGGACCCACACGGGCGAGAGGCCCUACACCUGCGACCAGUGCGGGAAGAGCUUCACCGUCAGCUCGGUACUGACGCGCCACUACCGCGUCCACAUCGAGAAGGAGCUGUUCGGCUGCUCCGAGUGCGGCAAGAGCUUCGCCCAGAAGUCGCAGCUCCACAACCACCAGAAGGUGCACGUCCGGGAGAAGCCGUUCAAGUGCACUCAGUGUGGCGAGGGCUUCAGCCGCGGCUCCAGCCUCAAGAAGCACGAGGGCUCGCACACGGGCGAGAAGCCCUUCAAGUGCCCCGACUGCGACAAGUCCUUCAACACGUCCUCGCAGCUGGUCAAGCACCACCGCGUCCACACCGGGGAGAGGCCCUACACGUGCGCCGAGUGCGGGAAGAGCUUCAGCCAGUGGCAGAUCCUCAUGGUCCACCAGAGGACCCACACGGGCGAGAAGCCCUUCAAGUGCGCCACCUGCGGCAAGUGCUUCUCCGACCGCGCCGUCCACAUCCGGCACCAGAAGGUCCACACGGGCGAGAGGCCGCACCAGUGCGCCACCUGCGGCAAACGGUUCACCCACCGCACCGUCCUGGUCAAGCACCAGAAGAUCCACAUGCGGGAAGCCUUGAACAUGCUGCGGCUGCAGGAGGAGGAGGAGCAGAGGCAGCGGUCGGAGCCGCCGCCGCCACCCGAGGGAGCCUCGUAAAAGCUCAAGAGCAUCGCCAAAUGCCUUGGGAGAGACGCCAUGCAGACGACCAUGUACUCCAGGGGGGGUUGGGAGCUGUGGGGUCCUCUCAGGUGUUGCCAGGCUCGCAUCAGCCCUGGGCAACGCAGCCAAGGACCUGGGUGAUGGUUCCCCAUCCCUGUGCUAUGAGUAACCCGGAUGGUGCCUUCCAGAUUUUGUUGGACUCCAUCUCCCAUCAGUGCUGCUCAGAGAAGGCAGGAGAUGUAGUCAAGUCACAUCUUAGAGGGCCAUACUUCUCCCCCUUUUUUCUUUUCUUUUUUGAUGCGCAUUGCCAUUCAUUUAUUUUUUAUGCAUUUUCCAAUAUCCAAUUUAUACAUUGCAUUUUUUCCAUCAUACAGUAUUUACAGACUUCCCAACCCAGCGCUCUGAGGCAUUCUAGUUAUACAGCGGUACCUUGGUUGUCGAACUUAAUCUGUUCCGGGAGUCCGUUUGAUUCCCGAAACGGUUCGGAAACCGAGGUUGGCUGCAGGAGCUUCCUGGUACUCAAUCGAAAGCCGCGUCAGACGUUCAGCUUCCGAAAAUAUUCGCAAACAGGAACAUUCACUUCCGGGUUUGCGUUGUUUGGGAGCCAGAACAUUCAAAUUGCAAGGCAUUCACAAACCAAGGUACAACUGUACCUUGUUUCGCUCCAUAUCAGGUACUUCACCCACCCAAAUUUCCCCCCUUUUCAUUAUAGUUGCUCAUAAAGUUACCCCAGCUUGAAAGUUUCCCACUCGUCCCUUAUCCGAUGGUCAUCCUGGUUCCUUAUUUCGGCCGUCAUAUUAGCCAGUCCUGCAAAUUCCAUCCGCUUCUGCAGCCGUUGUUCUUGGGAUUCCUCUCUCCAGUUUUUAGCGUAAACUGUUCUAGCUGGUUUCCUCUGGCUGUAGUCAAAGUGGUUCCUUCCAAAUGUUGCUGUCCUCCAUCGCCCAUCCUUCUCAGCCUGCACAGUCAGGGAUGAUGGGAGAUGCAGCCAGAGAGCCACAGCUUCCCCCCAUUCCUGAUAUAAACAAGCAAACCACGGUUUCCCCAAGCAGAGAUAUUUUGCUUUUGUUUCCAGAACAGAAGUGGAUGCUUCUCAUCUCCAGAACUUAAAAGGGGAUGCUUGCGAGCCUAAAGCUCACGGAGACUCGCCUCCCCGCCCCCCAAUAGGUCGGGUAACCAUGCAUUUCCCAUUAAAUCUGACGGCCCACUACUCCCCCCAUUUCUGGUUCAAACCACGGUUCCUCCACACCUGCAGUUUAGAAUGCUGCAGCUUUGCCAUCCCAGAUUAACCCCACGGUAGUCUGUAGCUGCAUGCACACAUAUCGUCUUCCGCAACCUGGCGUCUUCCAGAUGUUUUGUCCUCCCAGUGCUCAUCUGCAUGGCUGGCGCUCAGCGAUGAGGGGAGCAAAGGCUAGUAUGACCCCAUGGCAAACCCCUCUAUGAGGCUUUGGUGGCAGGUUUCCAUGCCUUCGCCUCUGAGUAGGGGAAGAACACACAUUCACCCCACUCCCACCUGGCUGGACACCACAGACUGCCCCCCCAAGGUACCCACACACCACUGUAAGCUUCUGUGGGGUAAAAUUAAGAAUGGGGAACACUUGGCUCUUAGGGUGCUAUCGGUCUCCAGUGCCCGUUAAUGCUGACCAUUCGCAACUGUGGCCGCUCAGGCUGGUAGGACUUGAACCGCCAUGUUGGCUGACCCUGCCAAAGUGAAUUAUUAUUACAGUGGUACCUCGGUUUUCAAACUUAAUCAAUUCCGGAAGUCCAUUCGAGUUCCGAAACAUUCGAAAACCGAAAGCGGAAGCCUCAAAAACCGAGGCGUUUAUCUUCCAGGUUUUCGGCGUUCAAGUUCCGAAAUGUUCAACUACGGAGGCGUUCUAAAACCGAGGUACCACUGUAGUAUUAUUAUUAUUAUUAUUACCAUUAUUAUUCUAUUAUGAUGAUGAUCUAAUGUAUUCUUAUCCUGCUUUUCUCCCAAACUUAAGGUGGCUUGCAGCGUUUAAAACAGGCACAAUUAGCUUCAAAUGAAAACAAGCAGGUUAAAAGCAGAACGUAAAAUACAUAAAAUCAUGUUUAAAACCAGUGCUAAAAGUACAGUUUGCCCUGACAGCCUGGGGUCAGCUUCAUCUGUGUCUACAGUCUGAAUAAGAAGGUCUAAUCCUGCCUCCUUCCUGCAACCCUGGCUUCUUGCCCACUAGAUGUUUUGGACCGCAACGGCCUCAUUGGCUGGGAGUUGUAGUCCGGCAGCGCCUGGCGGGUGAGAGGCUGAGGGCAGCUGCUGUGAAUCGGGGGUGGAAUCCAGCACCCUCAUUCUGGCAGCACAAGGAUUUACAUUUGCACAAUGGAACUUCCUGGAUGCCAAGAUCCAAGUUAGGGACAAGUACUCUUUGGUGAGAGAAUCUUUAAAGUAUGCCCUUCCAACCGAGUUCCAAAACAUCCCCUUUGUAAAGUUUCUUUCCAAAGUUUCCCUCUUUCCCCAGCAUAGGAAAAUGUACACACUGGGUAAGUUAAAAAUUGGUUUAGUUACCAAUUCUCCAAAGGUCAGAUUCAUGUAGUUGAGCUGGUGGCAGAGUCAUUGGCAUCUGUCUGGUAUAGGAACUCGAGAGUGGCUUGUGAAAGCCAUGCGGUUGAGCUGCAAGAACCAGCUCUAGCCUUUUCACAUGCUGAGCUUCUCAGGUAGGUGAACAAUAGUCUUGAUUCCCUAUAUCCUCCCCAGGUCAGCUAAGCCUGGCAGGACAGCUUACUCUAUGGUCUUAACCCCUUCAUGCACUAAUUAGACUUGGGCAUGUUGAUUAUAUGUGACUGGUUAUCCCACACUUUCUGUCCCACAAGCUUCCUAAAUCUGCUUUUGAGGGUUGCCCAGGGGGAGGGAACUCCAGAACAGAUUUAAGGGGUGCAUGGGAAGAGGAGGAGGGCAGGAGUUUUGUUGCACCAGCAGAAAUCCUUAGGCUAACAGAACCAAUGACUUAUUGCUACGUUGUACUACGGGAGGGUUGUUGCACUCUUCUCAUCGUUCAAGAAUUCCAUUUUGCCAGUCGGAAUGAUUCCCCGCCUCUCCUCUUGCCACAUGCUGCUCUGACACAAACACACCCCGUCAGUUUUGGGGUGUGUGGAGGGAGGGGAACUCCUGUUGCGCAAGCAGAAGUCCUUGCACCGAGCUUCCACUGUGGGGACUUGUGAGGUGAUCCCCACUCCAUACCUCCUCAAACUAUCCUGAGCCAUUCUGUAAUAACACAGAAGCCCGAAUGCCAAAAACUGGAAAUAACAAAACCUCUCUGAACGUUGCAUCAAGACUGACUUGCUGCGAAUGGUGAACAGGCCGAAAGAGGCCCAACAAGCCGCACUCUUUCUCCAAAAUGGCAGACCCCACACAGGAGUCCCUUGGGGAAAAAGAUUAAAUCCCACCAAAGGAAUUUUCUGGAUUUGAACUCCCAGCAGGCAGUUUCCAAAACGGGAUAAUCUGGAGUCCAUCAUCUGAAGGGCCACCCAAAAUGGUUUGUGUGCACCUCCUUGCUAUAAAAGCUCUUGGCUUGGCAAUCGAAAACUUCCGCAUUUAUGGGAUGCCAGCGAACCCGCCUCUCUCAGAGUCCUCGUCUUUGAAGCUAUGCACUUGGUUGAACGGAUGACGCAUCUAGAUAGACGGUUGAAGCAGCGAGGAGUCUGUUGGAGUUAUCUGCAUGUGCAUUGACUAGUAGUGGGUAGAUUAUUUUUUUCUUGGGGUGGGAUGGGGGAGGAAACAGUUCUUCAUUGAAUUGUUCUUUGGGGGCGCAGUUCUCUCAAUUUCUGACUCCGGAGACUUGACGACAUCCUGUCCUCAUUAUAACAGUAAGAGAGGGUAUUGUAUAUGAUAGAAACUGAUUAAAGAAAAACGUAAGAAGUGCCUAAUAACUGGA